AUGACCCUUCCAGCAACACACCCUGCCGUCGCCGUUCAGGCCCCCCGCCAGCCGCUGACUCUGCUUGACGUCCCGACCCGCGAGCCUCAAGCGGGUGAAGUCGUCGUCAAGGUCGAUUGGGCUGCCAUCGCGCCUUACCAUAUCCAUCAGGCUGACGGCGGUCUCGUCAUAGACAGCUAUCCGUACAUCCUCGGUGACACUUUUGCCGGCACCGUCGCCGCCGUCGGCUCCGGCCCGCAUACGGGGCCCGAACUCAGCCUGGGUGACGCAGUCGUCGGCUACUCAUUCCGCAAUGUCGACGGCGGCAAAGAAGCCGCGCUGCAAACCUACGUGACCGUGCCGUCGUUUCUCGUUGGCCGUGUGCCGAAGAACCUCAAGCCCGAGGAGGCUGUCACGGCGCAGGACCACGUCAUCACCGUCUUCCACACUGUGGUACACGACCUCGGACUACCGCUGCCGUGGCCCCGUCCCGCCGACUGGACGCCUCCCGAGGCCGAGAAGCCCAUUCUGCUCUGGGGCGGCGCGGGAAGUGUGGGCAUGUACGCCAUUGAGAUUCUGCGACACUGGGGCUACGCGAAUCUCAUAGCCGUCGCGAGCAGGAAGAACCACGCGUACCUGCGGGAGCUUGGCGCGAAGACGACUUUCGACUACCGCGACGCUGAUGUCGUCGAGCAAAUUCGCGCCCAUCUCGGAGGGCAGCCGGUCCCGUACGCCAUUGACUGCAUCGGGCACCUGACGGGGACGCUGCAGCCGAUCACCAAGCUUGCUGGCGGCGGGUCCAAGGUUGCUGUCAUGCUGCCUGUCAUCAUCAAGGAUGCGAGCGAGACGGAGGCGCCAGAGUAUCAGAUGACCAGCCCGUCGGAGCUUUCCGUCGGGAAGUGGGAGGAGGGUGUUGAAGUCUCGGGUGUAAGGACGCAUUUCUACCUUGAGAAUGAGGAAUUCAAGGAGAAGAUGCAAUCGGAGAUUGUGCCAACACUCCUGGAACAGGGUGUCAUACGGCCGAACCCGCACCGCGUGGUGGAGGGACAGAACCUUCUUGAACGGGUUGAGAACGGGCUCAAGCUGUUGAGGAACAAGGAGGUCAGCGGGGAGAAGCUGGUUCUCAGGGUUUCAGAGUAA